AAGAGAGUGAGAGAAUUAAAACAAGGCGUGGUUUGCGUUGCGCUUGCAAGAGAAGAGAGAGAAAUAAAUGAAGUUUGGUAUUUUCUAGAGAAAACGAAACAAGAAAAUUGGAGAGAAAGAGUUUGGUGGGAGUUGUUAAAGCGAUUUGGUCGAAGAUUUAAAGCUAGAGUUUUAAGAGGAUCUGGCAUUUGAUUUCUUCUCUUCUUGUUCUUUCAUACUUUCGUGGCAUAUUAAAGAGAAACAAUGGAGUGGCAUUCUUGUUUAGAUGAAUACCAGAAGCUUGUUAUCAGAAUGAACACUCCCAGGGUCGUCAUCGACAAUGCCGUUUGCCCCACGGCAACUCUCGUCAAGGUUGAUAGUGCUAGAAGACAUGGAAUCUUGUUAGAAGCUGUUCAGGUUCUCACGGAUCUGGACCUUUCGAUAAAGAAGGCUUACAUUUCUUCUGAUGGACGGUGGUUCAUGGAUGUUUUCCAUGUGACUGAUCUGAAUGGAAACAAAUUAACAGACGAAAGAGUUAUUCGCCACAUUGAGCAGUCGCUUGGAACCAUAGAAUAUGAAAGAGUUAACGGGUUUUGCGGUUUGACUGCCCUUGAACUAACUGGAACAGAUCGAGUUGGCCUGAUGUCAGAGGUUUUUGCAGUAUUAGCUGAAUUACAGUGUAAUGUGGUAGAAGCGAAGGUGUGGACUCACAACGGUCGAAUUGCUUCGCUGAUUUAUGUGAAAGAUUGCAAUUCAGGAUCUCCAAUUGAGGACUUACAACAAAUUGAUAGAAUCGAAGCACGUUUAAGGAAUGUCUUGAAAGGAGAUAAUGACAUUAGGAGUGCUAAAACGACUGUUUCUAUGGAGGUCACUCAUACAGAGAGAAGGCUACACCAGAUGAUGUUUGCAGAUAGGGAUUAUGAGAGGAAGCCCAUUUUUAGUCGGUGUACUAAUUACCCUCUAGUAACAGUGCAAAAUUGGGUGGAAAGAGGGUACUCAGUCGUGAAUGUUCAGUGCAAGGAUAGGACUAAGCUUUUGUUCGAUGUUGUUUGCACGUUGACAGACAUGGAAUAUGUGGUGUUUCAUGCUACCAUUAAGACAACUGAAGACAGAGCGUAUCUGGAAUUUUAUGUUAAGCACAUUGAUGGAACUCCAAUUAGUUCAGAACCUGAAAGGCAACGUGUGAUUCAAUGCCUACAAGCUGCAGUGAGAAGAAGAGCAUCCGAGGGUGUGAGGCUAGAAUUAUGCAUGGAAGAUAGGCCAGGGCUGUUGGCAGGUGUGACUAGAACAUUUAGAGAAAAUGGUCUCAAUAUCACAAGAGCUGAAAUAUCCACAAGAAAUGAGACGGCAGUAAACACAUUCUAUGUAACAGAUGCCAUAGGAAACCCUGCAGAUCCAAUGAUAAUUGAAGCAGUUAGACAAAAAGUUGGAUUGAGUAAUUUGAAAGUGAAGGAAUUGCCAGUGAUGUAUAAUGAGAAGUCAGAAAGUGAAGAGCAAACAGUUGGGGUUGGUGGGACAGUAUUGUUAUCACUGGGGAGUCUAGUGAGAAAGAAUCUAUACAGUCUGGGUCUGAUAAGAUCAUAUUCUUAAAGUGGGAGAAAGAAGAAUUGUUCCCAGCACUAGGGUUGUUGGCAAUGGCAUAUUCUUUACUUGAGGAUGGGGGUUUGUGUUGUGUAGAUACAUGUGAAUGAAAAAGGUGGAAUUUGGUGAUAGUAGAAAUUAAGUUGGUUAUAGUUGGGUUUGGUUGGUGGAAUAGAUAGACAGAUUGGAGCUGCUCCACCAUUUUUAUAUUCAAUAUAAUAUUCUUUUUUGUAUGUUUUGUUUUGCUUGAGGGGAAGAUUUGAAUUAGAAGGGAUGGUGGGGGUUGUUGAUAUAAUAUUAUUAGAUUUAUGGGUGGCUGGCUGGCUUCUGGCUGGAAAGAAGAAGAAGAAGAUUAGGUAUAAGAACAGAAUGAGUUUAUACUUGGUAACGCCAUUUGUACAUAAACUACUUGAAGAAUUAUUUAGUUAAUGGUUGACUUCAAUUUUUUAAAUUCA